UUUGAUGGGGAGUUGCGAGUAGCGCACGCAGAUGUCAGGAGCAGAGUUUCCCAAUCUGUCACUUUGCUCGGCGGAGCGCGCCUGAUGGAGGAAGGAAAAACUUGGACAGCGCAGCCGUGACUUCUUUGACAACAACCGUGAACCGACUUCCGAUGAAUCCUUCACUCGUUGACGUAUCGUUCUCACCUUUUAACCGGGACACCUUUUAGGCGUGCUCCGUUUCUUUCGGCGUGUCGGGAGAAGUUGCCAUGCUAACCGCCGUUAGCCGCUGCUACUUGACGUAGCUAUGCAGCCCGACCUUAAAACCUAAAGCGAAUACUAAUAGUAAUAAUUAAAACAGUAGCAUUCAACGGCCGCUGAUUAGUUGCAGCUAGUUUCGACCAGUUUCUGCCCUCCACCACCACCUCCUCUCCGUUGCUGAAGACAAAGCUAUCAAUCUGUCAGAGCCGAAAUGGGACUUCACCCGCUGGAGUUCAGUGAGUGCUAUCUGGACAGCCCCAUGUUCAGGGAGAAGAUCAAGGCACACGAAGCGGAGCUGGACAAAACCAACAGGUUCAUCAAAGAGCUGUACAAAGAUGGCAAGAACCUCAUCAAUGCGACAAAGCAGCUCGGGCUGGCACAGCGAAAGUUCGCUCAGUGCCUGGGAGAGUUUCAGUUUGAGUACAUCGGCGACGCAAAGACGGACGAUGAGCGAUGCAUCGAUGAGUCUUUGCAGGAGUUCUCCUCAUUCCUCAAAAACCUAGAAGACCAAAGAGAGCUGAUGAUGAGAAACAUCACAGAGACCUUAAUGAAACCUCUGGAGAAGUUCAGGAAAGAGCAGCUCGGCACAGUGAGGGCGGAAAGAAAGAGGUAUGAAAAAGAAACGGAGAAGUACUACAGCUCCUUGGAGAAGCUCCUGAAUAUGUCGGCGAAGAAGAAAGAGCCACAACUGCAAGAGGCAGACACCCAGGUGGAAACCAUGAGGCAGCACUUUCAGGAGGAAUCAUUGGACUAUGUGUGCAAACUGCAAGAAAUCCAAGAGAGAAAGAAAUAUGAGUGUGUGGAGCCGAUGCUGGCCUUCUUUCAGACGGUCUUCACCUUUUAUCACCAAGGCUUUGAGCUGGCUAAGGAUUUUGACCAUUAUAAAAGAGCGCUGCAGAUCAACAUCCAGAAUACGAGGAGUCGAUUUGAGGGCACGCGGUCGGAGGUGCACGAGCUGAUGAAGAGGAUCAGGGACGCGCCCCAAGAAUACAGACAGACCAGCCCCAUCAGCUGUGAAGGCUACCUCUAUGUACAGGAACGACGGCCACCUCCCUUUGGUUCAAGUUGGGUCAAGCGCUACUGCACAUUUGUCAAAGAGCAGAAGAUCCUGCACAUGGUGACUUUCGACCACAGAUCUGGUGGAAAGAUUGGUGAGACGGAGUCCAUCACGCUCAAAUCCUGUGUCCGCAAAACGACAGAUGUGUUGGACAGGAGGUUCUGCCUAGACCUCGACAUAACUGAUCGGCCAGGGACCGUGCUUACAGUACAGGCCCUGUCAGAGGAUGACCACAGGUUUUGGAUGCAGGCCAUGGGUGGGAAGGAACCUAUUGGACACUAUCUUACGAAGACAUUGUCUAAAGAAACAGGCAUUGAUUUCCGGUUGGAUGAUGUGGGUUUGAGUUUUGUCAAGAAUUCCAUCAGUGCAAUAGAGACGAGAGGUAUUAAUGACCAAGGCCUGUACAGAGUUGUGGGCGUAAGCUCGAAGGUGCAGAAGCUCCUUUCAUUAAUGAUUGAUGAGAAGAGCAACGAAGUGGAUCUGUCCACCAGUGAAGACUGGGACAUCAAGACUAUUACAAGCUCACUGAAGCUUUAUCUGAGGAGCCUUCCUGAGCCGUUGAUGACCUAUGGACUUUACAAAGAGUUCAUCAGCCCUGCGAAGGGCGGUAGUCCCGAGUCUCGCAUCCAAGCCGUCCACUGCCUGGUCCACAAACUACCGGAGAGGAAUCGACAAGUCCUCGGGCUGCUCAUGAAGCAUCUGGCCAAUGUGGCGGCGCACAGCAAACAGAAUCUGAUGACUGUGGCCAACCUGGGUGUGGUGUUUGGCCCCACGCUAAUGAGGCCACAGGAGGACACCGUCGCUGCCAUCAUGGAUCUGAAGUUCCAGAACAUCGUGGUGGAAAUCCUCAUCGAGCACCAGGAAAAGAUCUUUACAGAUGCUCCUGAGUCGUGCCCUCUUUCAUCCAAUGCUCCAGUAUUAUCUGCUCCCACACGGCAGUCCAAGAAAAUGGGUCGAAAUCGGCCGUUAGCGGUCUACAAUCCACAAGCCCUUGACAUUCAAAAUGUGGGAGACGGUUCCAACCUAGCUACAGAUGAGACAUCAAUGGGCAGCAACGAGUCCGUGUCGUCCCAGUCGUCGUCGGCCUCCGCCUCAGACAUGCCUCCAGAGAAGACUGAACACACACCGCUUAGCGCCAGCCUCAGCUCAGGCAGCAACCCCAGAACUCCUACAACAGGAGCCUCCGGUUCAGGGGAGAACCAGCCCAGUGCUGCCACCUCGGAAAGAGACAAGCCAGGGGAGAGUGUCACCGGCAGGAAAGCCAAGGCAGUGUACCCAUGUGAGGCUGAGCACGACUCUGAGCUCUCCUUCCAGAUCGGCGCAAUAUUCAACGCUGUGACCCAGUCGAGGGAGCCGGGCUGGCUGGAGGGGGAGCUGGACGGAAAGAGGGGCCUCAUCCCUGAAAACUACGUGGAGAUGCUGUAGAAACCCAAAUAUUUAUGAACGCUUUUGUUCACCGGUGAAAAGUACGCAAAAGACGCAUGUGCCUCAACACAAUUCACAGUUCAGCCUUGUUUUAUUCACAGCCCUGAAAUCUCUCUGUCAAGUGACAAUAGCCGUGCUAUUAUUGGUGGACUGUUCCCUGCACGUUUUCGGCUAACAAGUAGACUUUGCGAUGCAUGUCCAAGUGUGUUCUAAUGUAUUAUGGCCAUCGUUGUUGUCGCUGCACUGCGAUGCACGUACAAUGUUCUGCUGUAUAUGAAGACGCUAUCGCCUCCAAGUAUAAGUUCCUAGCAGCAGCAGCGGCAGCAGCAGAGAAUGAGUGCGUCCCUGAGCUCGCUCUCUCCUCUGCCCAGUUAUACAUGGUAUCCAUGAGCUGAAAGUCAAAGGGAGAUCUUCAGAAAAUGUAAAACAGAAUGUAAGCGUCACUAACGUCACUGUAGCGAUACCCGCGUGCCUUGAACAUCCAAACACCAGGUCUAAAUGUAUGAAUGGGAGAAAAAACGAAUUGGAGUGUUACUGGUUUCACUUAUAAACUGUUGUAUUCUUUUAUUAUUUUAAGAGUAAAUGAGGCACAUUGCUGCUGUGAUUUUAUUUUAUUUAAUUGACGCAUUGAUUGCAUGACAUUUGAACUUUAAAUACUUUCUGUACUGUUUUGUUCCCUGUGCACUCCUUCACAGAAACACAGCGAAACGCCUCUUUGACCUACGACGAACACUGUUGUGUUGAACACUAGCAUCAAUGUCAACAGAGCUAAAUUUGAGCAGGUAGUGAUGACUGGGACGUGUUUAUCCUGUCAAAUGAGCAGUUUUGUUUGUUUUCUAAGCUUAUUUUUUUAACGUUGCUCAGGUUCCUCUGAGCAGAGUAAUGAGACACUCCCAAACGACGUUAUUAUCGGGAAGCGAUUAGAAAUCAAUGUGUUAUUAUCAGAGACGCAUCUAACUGCAGUACUUAAACAUGUUUGUGUUUUACCUCCGUUUCGUGUUCACAGUCGAAUUAAUAAAAGUUACGGCCAAGUACGUUCUUACGUUUUUAGUCAGAUUGGUUUUAGCAUGUACGCACAUGACAUUACUUUUCAGUCCGCAGCUGUUCAGCGAAACACUUUCAUUUGUCUGAGAGCUUUGGUUCAGAGAUUGUUUGUGUUUUCAAUCGAGGUUACAGUAAUUUAAGACAUUGAUUUAUGACGUUCAUAAAGGGCCUUGACUUCUUUCUCGUUUUUUUUUUUUUUUUUACCUUUGGGUAUCCUCUUGAUCGAUGUUAAACAAAUAAAGUUUUUUUUGUUCGUUCACUGUAUUAUAUAUUCUUGCCAUUAAAUAAAUGUGAUAUAUGAUGAUUUUUAA